GGACUUGCAGAAGCCGGUCCGCUAUAUGGAAAACACUUCGACGUGACCUGAGCCCUGUUGUAGGACGCAGAUGCCGGCGCCCAGUCGCCGCCUCCCUGUCCUCAGCGGCGCGUCGGACCGCCCACCGCCACCUGGCUCUGCUGCGCACCGCCGACUGGAGGCAGAGCGCCGCUACUCCUCUUCCCCACCGGAGAAGCACAAGACAAGCGACAAUCCCUUUGACCGAGGGUGUGUGCUUUGGUUUUUCUCCCUGGUAAAGAAAAGAAGAAAGAAAAACAAAACAAAACAAACGAUUUCCAACAUUAAGACCGACUUUAAGGAUUUUCUCUUUUUUUUUUGGAGGGAAGUGAGAAAGGCGGAUAGGAAAACCAGACAGGGUGCCUCGCGCACUGCUGCAUCCCGCCUCUCCAUCCCCCGUGGCACCUCUCCUCCUUCUCCGCGUCUGCUGCCGGCUUCUUCCAUCCCGAAUAUCCCAAAGCGACCGAUCGCUCACUGUAAAAGCGGCGAGCUCAGCUCCUUCUUCUCUACUCGGAGUUUGAAGCCAGCUGCUGGACGUGUACCGCUGGAGCCCCCGCGAGCCUGGCUGGACUCUGUGGUUUUCUCCUGUGCGAUACGAGCGGAUCACCGAGGGCACCUCGCGCGGAGUCAAAAGGGACCUGGAAAUUAUUUAGCCCUCUCACAUCAACGUACCGCAUGGUGGGAAUUUCUGCCUCUUUUCAGUAUCGCUCUGGGAAGCGCUCCACCAUGCCCGACUCACCUGCGGACGUCAAGACACAGUCCAGGUUGACCCCCCCCACCAUGCCUCCUCCCCCCAGCACGCAAGGAGCACCCCGUAAUAGCUCCUACACGCCCACCACAUUAACCAAUGGCAGCAGCCACUCUCCCACGGCGCUCAACGGCGCCACGUCUCCUCCCAACGGCUACAGCAACGGCCCCAGCUCCUCCUCCUCAUCCUCACUGGCCAACCAGCAGCUGCCGCCGGCCUGCGGUGCCCGGCAGCUCAGCAAGCUCAAGCGCUUCCUCACAACUCUGCAGCAGUUCGGCAACGACAUCUCGCCCGAAAUCGGCGAGCGGGUCCGCACGUUGGUGCUAGGACUGGUGAAUUCCACCCUGACCAUCGAAGAAUUCCACUCCAAGCUGCAAGAAGCAACCAACUUCCCUCUCCGACCUUUUGUCAUCCCCUUUCUGAAGGCCAACCUGCCGCUCCUUCAGAGGGAGCUGCUGCACUGUGCCAGGUUGGCCAAGCAGAACCCGGCUCAGUACCUGGCCCAGCACGAGCAGCUGCUCCUGGACACCAGCACCACCUCCCCGGUGGACUCCUCUGAACUCCUGCUGGACGUUAACGAGAACGGCAAGAGGAGGACGCCAGACAGAACCAAAGAGAACGGCUUCGAGAGAGACGCCGCCCUCCACCCGGACGUUCACCCCAGCAAGCGGCCCUGCACCAUAAGCCCCGCCCAGCGCUUCAGCCCAUCCAACGGGCUCUCAUACCAACCCAACGGCCUGCCCCACCCGGGCCCGCUUCCCCCGCAGCACUACCGGCUGGAUGACAUGGCCAUCGCCCAUCACUACCGUGACACUUACAGGCACCCCGCCUCCAACCAUCGGGAGAUCCGGGAGAGGGCCAGGCCCAUCGGUAUGCAUACAGGGACCAGGCAGGAGGAAGUGAUCGACCACAGGCUGACGGACAGAGAGUGGGCGGAGGAGUGGAAACACCUUGACCAUGUAAGAAAACUGCUGAACUGCAUCAUGGACAUGGUGGAGAAGACGAGGCGCUCGCUGACGGUACUGCGGCGCUGCCAGGAGGCCGACCGCGAGGAGCUCAACUACUGGAUCCGGAGGUACAGCGACGCCGAAGAGCUGAAGAAGGGCGCCGCCGGCGGGCAGCCGAGGCAGCAGAGCCCGGCGGCUCAGGAGAACGCAACGCCAGAAAUUCACAGGGAGCUGCUGCACCGGCCUGUGUCUGGAUACGUGCCUGAAGAGAUCUGGAAGAAAGCCGGUACGGGAGGCUUGACUUCCUCUGUGUCCACACUCUUUCCAGAAGAGGCUGUGAAUGAGGUGAAGCGGCAGGCUGUGACAGAGCUGCAGAAGGCCGUCUCAGAGGCAGAGCGCAAGGCUCACGAGAUGAUCAGCACCGAGCGGGCCAAGAUGGAGCGUACGGUAGCCGAGGCUAAGCGGCAGGCGGCCGAGGACGCGCUCUCCAUAAUCAACCAACAGGAAGACUCCAGUGAGAGCUGCUGGAACUGUGGCCGCAAAGCCAGUGAGACGUGCAGCGGGUGCAACACGGCGCGCUACUGCGGCUCCUUCUGCCAGCACAAGGAUUGGGAGAAGCACCACCACGUCUGUGGUCAGACCCUCCAGGCCCAGCAGCAGCAGCAGCAGGCCAGCCAACAGCAGGGAGGCGUGCCGGGAUCAGAGACCCCCGCUCCCGUCAGCUCCUCCGCCUGCACCCCGAGCAGCGGGACGAGGAGUCCGGCCGCUACCCCGCCUGCUGCUACGCCGCGCUCCUCCACCCCGGGCACCCCGUCCUCCUCUGCCCUGGAUGGCACACCGCGCUAAGAGACUCGUUCGUAGGAAGGAGGCAAAAGGGCCCCCUUAACAGCCGGCCCUCAAACCCACAAACAGCAUGACUGUCGACGAUGCCUUGCAAAGAUACUAAGCUAACGUGGCUAACAGAAAGAGAUGGCAAUGCUUCUGUCUAUCCUGCAGGGUAGUCAUAGAAGGAGGAGGUCCAUAAUCAGGUCAUAUUGACUUGCCAUAACUUUAAAGAAACACAAAGAUAUUCUUUGUUUUGAAUGAAUGAAUUUAAAUAUUGACAUCCUUUUAUUGUUACACUUGCUAUUCUUGUUGUCCGUUUAUUGUCGUGCUUGUUGUUGUUAACGUUGUUGUCAUUAUUGCUUAUCUUAUUUUUUUCUUGUAAAUAUUAAGAGACAGAGCAGAGAUACCCGUGAACGUAGUAUAUCUGACCUCCCCCUUUUUUAAAAUGUUUUUCAUUUUACAUCCUUAAAUUAAUGCUUAUUUCCUUCCUGUACCUGGUACAUGAAACUAAUCAACGUCAUUUUACCAAGCUGCAUAUCCAAGGGAACAUCACUAGCUAGUGCAGCCAUCCAUUCUCUUUGUAAAGAAAGAUAUUUAGACCCUGACAAAAAGACAGACCAACGUAAGGAUGGAUGUGCAACCUUGCUGCCUGCGAAUGAGAGAAGGAACGGACUGAAUCUCUGGCCCACGGACGGCCGUGAAACGGGCAGAUGUGCAGCAGAUUGCAAGCAGAGCCAGCUGUUCAACCAAUGUUAUUUCCCUCUCACUUGUAAUAAUAUCCAGGUCAGUGGGCUGGGAAAUACAAAUCCGUCUCCCUGAAGGACGUAAAAGGAAGAAUUCUUGGACGAGACACAACAAACUUUGCCCACUGCACAAGUGGAGGAUGCACUGGCUGCAAACCACGCGAGCGAGCGUGCUUGGUGGCUCACAGAAGCUCUCAAACAGGAAGUAAAGUCAUCGAAGCCGCUGGGCCGAACCCCCGCAGUGUGGAGAAGUCGGUGGGAAGCUCCUUCUGCACUCCAGACUCUCUCCUCCUGUCUCGACUCUUAACAAACAUUCUCAUCUCUUUUUUAUGUUUUUCUUAUUCUUUUUCUGUAGAUGUCAUGGUGUUUAAGACUUCUGUCCUGUGGUGUCACCAAUGGUUAUUUAUUGUAUAUGUGUUGGACAAUUGGGACAAUGCAUAGUACUUCAACUUAGUCACAAGUCCUUCAUGGCUCUUGCUCUCUCUAGCAGAAAGAGAUAAAAAAAAGAAGUGUUAUCUUUUUUCCGAGCUGCUUUUCUAUUCUGUGUGUAGGUGGUAGACCCCCCCCCCCCCCUCGUAGUUCUAUAAGUUUUACUUCCCUUCGUCCUCAAGAAAAGACACAAGCUAUAUCUCAGAGCUGCUACUUGAGUCCGACCCAGAUCUUUUCUGAGAGCUAGCAUGUUGCGCGGAAUGCUAACCGAGCUAAAAUGUUUUGUACAAGGGACAUACAUAGAUGUAUUUGCACUGUCACAGAGGUUAUUUCCGCAUGCUUCUUUUUAGCAUACUUGUGUUGUCGCUAGAGCCAUAACUCAUCAACCGUUUUGUAUGUAGUCAUAGCAUUAUUGGUUUUCACAUGUAUUGGAAUGAGGCUUGUAAAAUCACCAAACCAACAUUUUUUUUUUCUCCUUCUCACCAUUUUCACAAAAGCGGCCAUACAGUUUUUUUUUUUGGAAUAGUUACAGACAGUGCAUGCACAUUACUGAACGUUUGUUAAAUAUUUGUUAUUUUUUAGAAAAAUUUUGAAAAACAACCAAAAAAAGUUUUAAAAAUGACUAAAAAAAUAUUCUAACAAACUAACUUUCCAAAUGCAGAGGUGUAGACUCCGAUUGACAGCUUUAACACUGCAAAGCACCAGGUAACACACAGUAUUAACACAAAAGAUAAACAAACAAAAAAACAGCCAAAGACUGACACCAAGGACCAAAAUCCUGAUUUCAACAAUUUUCAAGAGGUUUGUUCACACACAUGUUUGGGAUAUUCAUUUCUUUAAGUUGUGUUCACAUAUUCAGAGAACAAAGGCAAGUUUAAUGUCAUAAAAGUAAUUUAUUUGAAUCCUUUCUAGCACCCAACGGCACUCAUCUUACAUUUUGAAAAGAGAAGGUGUGAAAUAAACAUAAUGGACAUUUUCACAACAUUUCAACUGGAGCAAUAAUAACUAAUGAACACUGAUGACUUUUGUGACCAAUUGUGAAUUUUGCAUUUCCUCUUUACACAAAUGUCAAAUUAAGUGCCCAUUUCAGCUUUAAGCAGUAUAGUUCUUUAUUCUUAACGAGGGUGAACGUGAGACGGGACUUUCACACCAAUGCCGUUUGUUUUAUUUAUUUAUAUCGGAGUAUGUCAUUCUUUGCUGUUUGGAUACAUAAUCAGUCACAAAUUUGUUGUAAACCUUCAAUGUAAAUCAAGCAGACCUCGUACCCCCGACGCAUCACAAAGGCUCUUCACACCAAACACCUUGGUGCUGCACAGAAGCGCGUUACAAAUUCUGACCUCAAGAAACAAGAGGGGGCCCACAAAGGUUCUGGGCUGUUUGCUGCCUCUUCCUCAUCCCCCCCCCCCACCCCCCACUUCUUGUUUAAAAAAAAAUCCACACCUGCAUUUUUGACUAUGGGUUAAACAAUCCAAAAAGGUGUCUGACACCGUACUAACAACUCCUCAGAAGCUGUGAAGAAACAGUCCAGCUGUUUUAACACUAGUUCAUUUGAAAGUAUACAACAAAUAAUGUGUGUUCGUCGAUAUCAGGGUAAAUCCUGGGUUUAAAAAAGAAGAAACGGGGAAUAAAAAUAAACGACUAACAUUUUUGCUCAAUAGUUCUUUGAGAAGCUCCUUUUUUUCCUUUUCUUCCCUCCUCUCUGUGUUUUUUGCUACAAAUUCCUCGGUGGCAAACAAGUCUCACUCUACCUCUUACAGCACGAUAAGAGCAUCAGUCGCGUCGCUGAUACUGGUCUAGUCUAAACCAAAUGGGCACACGAGAACAGGAAAAUAAAAAACCCAAAGUCGAAGCUCAUACAGCUGCAAAACCAUAUCAGUACUUGGUAACAAUGCAGACCUCAUAAAUAAAACAUAAAAAAUAGAAAUGAGAAAAAAAAAGUUAAACCCUUUUGUUAUGUUACUUUAUGCCUGUGGCGUUUUUAGAGUACAUCAUGGGUGAACAGAAUUUUAAAAAUUUGCUAAUUUUAAAGAAAAGUGUUGUCGAUUCCUAUUUCAAUGAUACAAGCUAUGGGCUCACGGAUAAGAAAUGUUGUUUCUCUCUUGCUCUUUUUUUCUCUCCUGUUUACCCUCCACCCUUUUCUCCUUUUCUCCGUUGUGAAGACAUGUUAAGGCACUUGUCGACUUGUCAGCGGGGUAACCAUUCAAAAGAGGGAACUCACAAUAGGCAUCACCCGCUUGUGAAAACUAAAAUGAAAAAGAUACGGCUCAAAUUUAGACAUGCUGGUUUUUCACAACGCUGGGGAAAUGUUAUUAAGAUUUCCUACUUAAUGAGAAAGAUUUGGGGAAAUGUGUGGGGCCAACAGUGAACAGUGAAGGCCGUAGCAUUACUCUGGGGGUGUGAGUUGAACUUCAACGGUGGGAGUUUUAUUUCAUUUUCUGGGGGUGGGAUGGGUUUCUCUUGAGAAGAUUUAUUGUGAAAAAAAAGAGCUCAAAUGAUUUGAAGUUGUUGUGCAAUACUUAUUUGAGACAUGAAAACCACAGGUUAGUGGUAGACUGACACUGGGCGGUCUCUUCAUCGCCUAGCGUCAGUGUCUUUAGAGAGCUUUCCAGUCUACUAUGUCAGAACUGUGGUUUCUUGUUUUGUUUUGUUUUGUUUCUUUUUUUUUUAAUUCUUUUUUUGGGCUGUAAACUAUGGUCUGUCAGUCUGUGAAACUUUGCAGUAUAAUUCUGGUAUUGUUGUUCUCUUAACGGUGUAAUAAAUAUGUUAAUACCUGCC